AUGCCAUUACACACACUCUCUCACACACACACACUCUCACACGCACACACACACGCUGUAGGCUACAGCUCGGAGUCACAUCUCUUUCUUCCACGCGGUGGAGGAGUGAAGGCAGCCGAGUGGCGGACGCGGACAACUCCGGACACGCACGCGCUCCACGGAACAUACAGUUGAACCCCGAACGAGUUCACGUUCUUUUUUUUCCUACAAGUGAGGAAAGUCAGAAAGACAGACAGACACCUGGUGUCAUUUGGAUUGGAGAGGAGCUUCUCUCACUUUCACUCCCAGCUCGAGGAAAUCAAGCGACUCGAACUUAACGCAGCCUGUUUCUCACAGUUUGGCGCUGUCACUGCCAUGGUUCCUAGUCAGACUUCAGCAAGAAAAGUUCUUUAGAAAGCUGAUUUAUUCCGUUUUUCAGUAAUGCUUUCUUUUUUGCCUGAACAGCGUCAUGGGCAUAUUGCAGAAGUACGCGCUCUGAUCUGAGAAUACCGCGCGUAACAGGCGAGGAGAGGAGAGGAGGAGAGAGGAGAGGAGAGGACAGGAGGAGAACAGAAGAGAGGAGAGGACAGGAGAAUAGAGGAGAGGAGUAGAGAGGAGAAGAGUGAAUAGGAGAGAAGUGGAGAGGAGAGGAGUGAAGAGGAGUUAAUAGGAGAGGAGAGGAGUGAAUAGUAGCGAAGAGGAGUGCAGAGUUAAUAGGAGAGGAGAGGAGAGGAGAGCAGAGGAGUUAAUAGGAGAGGAGAGAAGAGGAGAGAAGAGGAGAGGAGUGAUCAUCUCCGUGCUGAAGAGCUCUUGUCGGUGGAUAAACCCGCUCCUCCACGCCGAAAGAGUGCCGGGAUUCAAGAAACAAGCCUCCGCUUACACGCUUUUUCCUCCAAGGCUGGCACAUUUCACCCGGAAAGAUGGAUUUAGCCAGCACACUGUAUGGAUGCUUACUCGUGUUUUAUUUCUCGUCACUGGUUUACGGAGAUGAGGAGCCAUGUGGUGGGCACCGGGAUGCAAGCAAUGCAGGCUAUAUCACCACGCCUGGUUACCCACAGGAGUAUCCACCUCACCAGGACUGCCGCUGGAUCAUCACGGCUCCAGAGCCUUCGCAACGCAUUGUCCUCAACUUUAACCCCCACUUUGAGCUGGAGAGGUUGGACUGCAGAUACGACUUCAUCGAGAUUCGUGAUGGCAAUUCAGAUUCUGCAGAUCUGCUGGGGAAACACUGCAGUAACAUCGCCCCGCCGCCCAUCAUCUCAUCAGGACCCGUGCUCCACAUCCGAUUUGUGUCCGACUAUGCCCAUCAGGGAGCUGGCUUCUCGCUGCGCUACGAGAUCCACAAGACAGGUUCUGACUGCUCCAGAAACUUCACCAGUCCAUCAGGCGUGAUCGAGUCACCUGGUUUCCCUGACAAGUACCCUCACAACUUGGAGUGCACCUUCAUCAUCAUUGUCCCUCCCCACAUGGAGGUCACACUCACCUUCUUGACCUUUGACCUGGAAAACGACCCUUUGCAAGGCUCAGAGGGCGAGUGCAAGUACGACUGGCUGGAAGUGUGGGAUGGCCUGCCGCAGGUUGGACCUCUCAUUGGACGCCACUGUGGGACUAAAAUUCCCCCUGAAAUUCAGUCAUCCACCGGGAUUCUCUCACUCACCUUCCACACAGACAUGGCCGUGGCAAAAGAUGGUUUUUCUGCUAGCUAUAACAUGACGUUAAAGGAGGUUAAUGACAAUUUUCACUGUAGCAAUCCUUUCGGGAUGGAGUCAGGCCGGAUCACAGACGACCAGAUCACAGCGUCUUCAUCCUUCACUGAUGGACUCUGGUCUCCACGGCAGGCUCGUCUUAACUAUGACAACAACGCCUGGACGCCCAGUGAAGACAGCAACAAAGAGUACAUACAGGUGGACCUGCACUUCCUAAAGGUUCUGGCCGGCAUUGCCACCCAGGGAGCCAUCUCUAAAGAGACACAUAAGUCUUAUUAUGUCACCAGCUUCAAACUGGAGGUCAGCACCAAUGGCGAGGACUGGAUGAUCUACCGCCACGGCAAGAAUCACAAGACUUUCCAUGCCAACAUAGACCCCUCUGAAGUGGUCCUGAACCGGAUCCCUCAGCCCGUCCUGGCUCGAUUCGUCCGAAUCAGACCUCAGACUUGGAAGAACGGCAUUGCUUUGCGCUUUGAGCUCUAUGGCUGUCAGAUCACGGAUGCUCCAUGUUCAGAGAUGCAGGGCAUGCUCUCAGGACUACUCCCCGACUCGCAGAUCUCUGCAUCCUCCAUGCGGGACAUCCAUGGCUCCAUGGGUGCGGCUCGGUUAGUGGCAAGCCGUUCUGGAUGGUACCCCAGUCCCACACAGCCUGUGGCAGGGGAGGAGUGGCUGCAGGUUGAUCUAGGAGUCCCAAAAACAGUGCGGGGGAUCAUCACGCAGGGGGCGCGCGGCGUCGAUGGCAGCACCAGCGCUGAGAACCGAGCCUUUGUGAGAAAGUACCGGCUGGCGCACAGCAUGAACGGAAAAGACUGGAGCUUCUUCCUAGACCCUAGGACAGGCCACCACAAGAUUUUUGAAGGAAACACACACUUCGACACCCCGGAAAUCCGCCGCUUUGAUGAGAUUGUGACACAGUUUAUCAGGGUGUAUCCGGAAAGAUGGUCACCCCCUGGCAUCGGAAUGAGGCUGGAGAUCCUGGGAUGUGAUCUACCAGAAUCCACCACCACUGCUGACACAGCCACCCCAACUCUGGCCCGGCAAGAAGAAACCACCACAGCUCAGAGGACACCAGCUCCCACCACCGUGUCAUCUCUGGGUGGAUUGUGUGAUUUUGAGCAAAACAUGUGCGGCUGGACCCAUGACCCCACAGGUGAUGUGAACUGGGCUCUGCAUAGCCCCUCCAGUCCUGGUCUGGACCUGGCCCUGGGAGCUGACGAUUACGGCAGCUUCCUGUACCUGGAGGCAAGUCCUAAGACUGAGCAUAAGCGUGCGAAGCUUCUGAGCCCUGUGGUGGGACCGGAGCAAGGGCCGUUGUGUCUGCUUUUCCGCUACCAGCUCUCAGGAGAGGCACAGGGAAGACUGCAGGUCCUGAUUCGUAAUGACAAUCAGGACGAGACCCUGCUCUGGACUCUGAAAGCAGACCAGGACCACACAUGGAGAGAAGGACGAACCAUCCUGCCUCAGUCCCCUAAGGAGUACCAGGUUGUCAUCGAGGGCUUCUUUGAGCAUGGCAGCCAAGGCCACAUCUGGAUCGACAAUAUCCACAUGAGUUCUAGCACGGAGCUGGAACAGUGCACUGAACCUUUCCCUGCCUUUCCACCGGAGAUGACUGGGGGAGCCCUUCCUGGCAUGAGUGAUCCCACUGUAGACACUACGGUGUCCCUGCAGCCCAUGCCCACCUACUGGUAUUACGUUAUAGCUGGAGGGGGUGCACUGGUGCUCCUGGCCUCCGUCACACUCCUCAUGGCGCUGUGCUGCCAUCGCUACCACCUGGCUGCCAAGAAGAGCCAGCACUCUGUGUCCUACCACAGCACCCAUUACCCAGGUGGCACUGCUACAGCACCUGCAGUGGAGCCCAUGCUGACCAUUAGACAGGAGAAACGCGAGCCGUGCUCCCAAUGCUAAGCAGAGAAGGAGUGAUGGAGACUAUGGAGAGGGUUCUAGACUCUCUUUUGCUAUUAUUCUGCUGCUUCAUAACUACCAACAGGCACAGACGCCCAGUGAUGCACCCAUAGUGCCCUUCAGAAAGGAUUUUGCACCAAGGAUGACCUACGCACCAAUUAAUCUGGAGAUAUUUGAAAGCUGCCAUCAGUAAAAGCAGACUUUUAAAAGUGCUUAGUCACUCAAAUUAGGAGAAGAGAAGGCAGCACAUAGUUGUGGCCCUUUUGGAACCUUUGGACCUGUGUGAAGCUCUGACUGGAAUUUUGCAGCGUUUGCAGUUCCAGCUCAGAGUUUGUUGAGAAACGACGUGCAUCUAGAAAGAGUCCUGAGUGGCAGAAAGCCACAUCUGUGUGUGUGUGUGUGUAUGUGUUUGUGUCUGUGUGUGUGUGUGUGUGUGUGUGUGUGUGCGCACACUUCUCUCACUCUCUGGGUCUCCCUGGAGAGAGCAGCUGGAUGGGAACUUGACUUGGCAGGGUUCUGAUCCCCUGCUUGUGACCAAUCCUGUUGCCAAGGGGAAAAAAGGCUGUGCAGUGCUGCCAGAACUACUGAGAAAGGAAAACAAAAAAGUGAUAUGAGAAAAAUGCAAGAAGGAAAGCAGGAUGCUGCUGUGUCACAUUAAAGCGUUAGCAUGUGGACUGAAAAAUGCACGCACAUACACUCAUGCACACACUUGGCAUGGAAGAGGGAGAGUAAGUGGGAAAAAUAAAAGUUAGUUAAAGAUGCUUUGUAAGCAGCAGCGUAACAGAUUAAUAGUUUUCUAGAAGGAAUGUGUCUUUGUGUGCCUUGUCGGUCCACGUGUGUGUGUUUGUGUAGGUGGGUGGGUGGAUGUAUGAGUGUUAUGUGGGUGCAUGGGUGCAGCUGGUAUCCCGGACUCACUCCACCUACUGUUUUACCUUCCUCUUCCUUUUCCCCCGAGUCUGUCUCCUAACUGAAGGGCGUAUCCAGAAGGAAGAUCUAUAUCUGUCUGUUGAUGUGUACAUUUUAUUUCUUGACUGUCUCUGAAGCUCUGUAACUUGCUUUGGUACACCUGUGUCUAAAGAUGUUUGAUUUUUCUAUAUGCAAAAGUUAUGUGACCCUGCCUUAGCCAGUCUUACACCUCUGAGCAACCCACAAUCUUUAAGUCUCAUCAUCGGCCUUAAAUAUACAAGUGGCACAGGGCUGUUCAAUGCCAGUCACUAAAGAGCCUCACUUUUUUGCAGAAAAUACUUAAUGUAGUUUACUAAAUGUACUUUAUAUGCUAGUUAUUUUCUGUAAUAUUUUUAUAUCCAACUUGAUAUGUCAUGGUUGCUGACUGAAAGGCUAAAUGGAAAUGCAUAUGCACAUGACUGAUGCACUGAUUAACGUUCAGCGUUCUCUGGUAGCCAAUCACGUCUGUUGACUUCUGUUGCUAUUUUGACUGCUUUAGGCUGUUUUUAUUGGCUUGUUUGGAAGCGGAGAGUGAAACUCAAGCUGUGAAUGUGUGGCUUUGCUUGGCUGCUCCGCUUCAUGUUUGACAGUGGUGGGGCUUUGCCAUGUUUGAUAGCACUGCAGAGAGUGAGAGAACUCACAGACUCUAUACGUCUCAACACUGCACACUGUGUCAAAUCUGACGCCUUUCCUUUAUGGUUCCUCUGUAUCUCAAAUAUACAGAAUUAUUUUUGUGCAAUUAUCAUACUGAGAAAUGCGUAAUAUGGCAUAACAAUCUUGAUGUUUGAUGAUGUGCAUACUGUAAUACAUGUUCAUUCUAAAGUGUCUGUUAGCUUUAAAGUGUAUGUUCUUGAUUAUGAAAGUGUUAGGUUUACCUUUUUUGACAAUCCCCCACUAAAAUGUGAUUACUUACUAAAAACCCACAGAUGAUUUAAAGAUCAUCAUUCAAGAUUAGUGUGAAUCAAAAGACUUUGAUUAUAUUAUAUUAUAUUGAAUAUUAUACUGAAUAAACACACAACACGGCCAAGAUACACAGCCUAGAGCAAGACUCAUGAACAUUCCAUAAACAUAUUAUUCCCUUUAGCCAUAAAGAGUUUGAGGCAUCAUCCAUUAUAAAAGAAAGCUGGCCUUUAGGCAGCUGCUUCCGCUUUUGGUAGCAUCAGAUGCUUUUUGGGAUUAAAGGAGAAUGUAAAUCCCAAUAUCUUCUUAUGUCCUCCAUAUGGCAAUAGGUGAAAAUAAUCCUCCAUUACAGAGACGCAGGCCAUUUUCGCCCCAUUAAUCUGCUCUUCACAAAAAGAAUGCAUGGAAAGGUGGAAGGGGAGAUCAAAGCGAGAGGUCGGUCUAAAGAUACACCAGCUCUGGUUCUGCCCGGAGUCUGAAGGGGUUUGCUUAAGAACACAAAAGCACAUGAAAGCCGCUUGCAGGCAGCCAGAUAGAGCACCUGACCUGGCAGACCCAUGAUGACGCUGGGAGAAAAAAGUAUUCUCUCGCUCCCUUUUCCAUCUUUCUUCUCCUUAAUCCCUGCGUACAUUAGAUCCUUGUUAACAAAAUUACAGCCACUGUAAUGAGGCCAGGAUUCAAGCAGGCCUGUCUGUCAUGCGUAAAGCAGGCUGUCAUUACGGCUUUUGUUUAAGAUUUAAUGAUAAAAGUACAAUGGCGUUUUUUUAAAGUGAUGGCAGCACUAACACUGGCUUCAAAGCUUUUUAUCUCGCAAACAAUGCAAAAAAAAUUCCAACCUACAUUACAGUGCUCGCCCCUUUCUAUAAAUAAUGAUGUCGCUGUCAAUUUGUCUUAUAUAGUGCCAAUAAGAAAUCCACCCUCCAUUUCCUUCUCAGUGUUCCUUUACUUCAUUCUACCUGUGAGUCUAGCUCAUGGGCUCAUGUGAUUCAUUCUGACAUAAGGCUUUUAACACAGACUACCCAAUAAUAAUACCUUCAAAGUAUUUGAUUUUCCUGUAGGAAUGCCAGCUUUGAAUGGUUUUAUUUAUGAGGAGUAGUUUUUUUUUCCCCCUCCUGAAACUGACAGGUUAGCAGAAAUACAAUCUGGUCUUGAUGGGCUUUUAUAUCAACCAUGCCUGCCCCGUGCGAUUUCUAUGUAACUCUAAAUAUUUCUAAUUAGAUAAUGGGUCGAUUGCAUUUUAUUAAGCCUGCCGUAAGCAUUCUUUCUCUGGACCCUUUUCCUUUUGCUGUCCAUCAAAUGAUAUUAAUGAGCAAAAGCACUUAGGUCCUCCUGGCCGUAUACAGGCCUCACAGUGCCAAGAGCCUGCCUCAGCACAAAAACACACUGCAUACGCACAGUCUGAUGUGUUGCUUUAGAAAAAGAAAUCAUUUUAAUUUUAUUUUAGGCUGUCAUAUUUUCCAUCAUAGUAGAAUAUCAGUCUGUUUUUUCAUGAGUAAAAUUUGGAUUCAAACCAAACCGACAAGUAGCAUUAAUAGUUUGGAAAACGUUAGUGUUUUAUAUUAAAUACGUUUUGAUCCUGGUGCAGUGUAUCAUAUUUGUGUUUUGCUUCAUGAUCAUGGUCUCCAGACUCCGAUCUCUGAUACAUUUGUGGCUGUGUGCUCCCUGCAUCCUCUCUUUGUGUAUAUUGGGUCUUGACUGGGAUUGUCUGUUUAUGUACCAUUCUGCGCUGCACUUCAGCCUGUUUCAAAAAGAUUUGAGGAAUAUUUUAGCCUGUUGAAUUUUAUGGUCUUGGAAAAUGUUGUGCGGAAUGUAAUAAUAAAGUGAUAUUUUUCUACAAA